UAUGGACAGUCCUGAGGCACCCUUUAUAAUUAUGGACAGUCUUCAGGCACCCUUUAUAAUUAUGGACAGUCUUCAGGCACCCUUUAUAAUUAUGGACAGUCUUCAGGCACCCUUUAUAAUUAUGGACAGUCUUGAGGCACCCUUUUUAAUUAUGGACAGUCUUGAGGCACCCUUUUUAAUUAUGGACAGUCUUGAGGCACCCUUUAUAAUUAUGGAGAGUCUUGAGGCACCCCAUUCUAAAAUGAAAUACACUUUUGCACACUGGUACUGACUAGUAUUCCAAUGUUUCUCUUCUCCCUCAGCUUUUAUCCAUCACUGAGCUAAUGUGACCCCAGCACUGAUGGAGAAGGGCAGGGGAGGGUCAAACCAGGAUGCUGUGCAGGCAGCUGACAUCCUCCUUAUCAACUGAUGG